GAAACGUGGGGAAAUAUGUCCAAUGAACUUGACUUUAGGUCCGUGCGUCUGAUGAAGAAUGACACCAUGAACUUCCAGAAAUUCCCCUACUCCAAUGAAGAUGAAGCCUGGAAAACCUACCUAGAGAACCCCUUGACUGCAGCCACCAAAGCCAUGAUGAGGGUGAACGGGGAUGAUGACAGCGUGGCUGCCCUGAGCCUCCUCUAUGACUACUACAUGGUUCCAAAGGAGAAGAGGAUUCUUCCAUCUGGUGUCAUGGGACGCAACGAUCUAGGAAAGAGGCACUGCCACGGGAUGGAGUACGACCCCGAGAUCGCAUCCUUUGAUGGCUCAGCCCAUCUCAUGAAGCUCUUGUCUGAAAACGUUUCCAUGACCCAGGAAUAUUGUGAGCCACAGAAGAAGAAUGGCUUAAGUCUUGAAGGCAUCCCUGCUCCUCACAAGCCAGCCAUGCUUCCACCAGGCACUAGCAAGCUGGAUGCCACCCCAGACAACUACAUGGUCCCUCCAGGGGAUGUGUAUGACAACAGCUCGUUGAACUCCCUCUUCGAGACCAUCCCCGUAGCCCCACCACAGCAGAGGUGGCAACCAGACAGCACUUUCAAAGAGGAUCCCCAGGAGUCGCUGCUCUUCAGUGAUAUCCUCAAACCCCAGCCAGAGCCACAUUGCCCCGAGACUUACCCUGCCGACGCUGUGAAGAGUGACUUUGAAUACACUCUGGGGUCACCCAAAGCCAUUCACAUCAAAUCUGGGGACUCUCCCAUGGCCUACCUCAACAAAGGGCAGUUCUACCCCAUCACGCUGCGGACAGCUGGAGACAGCAAAUGUUUACACUUGUCCUCAAACAAAGUGAAGAGUGUUGUGAUGAUUGUUUUUGACAACGAGAAGGUCCCGACAGAGCAGCUGAAGUUCUGGAAGCACUGGCACUCGCGCCAGCCCACGGCCAAGCAGAGGGUCAUCGAUGUCGCUGACUGUAAAGAAAACUUCAACACGGUGCAGAACAUCGAGGAGUUGGCCUACAACGCACUGUCCUUCGUGUGGAACGUCCACGAAGAAGCAAAGGUAUUUAUUGGGGUGAACUGCCUGAGCACUGACUUCUCCUCUCAGAAGGGAGUGAAAGGUGUCCCACUCAACCUCCAGAUAGACACUUACGACUGCGGUAGUGGGAGCAGCCAGCUGGUGCACCGUGCUGUCUGCCAGAUCAAGAUAUUCUGUGACAAGGGAGCGGAGAGGAAAAUGCGGGAUGACGAAAGGAAACAGUUCCGAAGGAAAGGGAAGUGCCUGGACUCCAACAACAACGGUCUGAAAGGCUGUUUGCUCUCUGGCUUCAGAGGGAAUGAGAUCACGUUCCUGAGGCCAGAGUCUGACCUGGAGACUCAGCCCGUCCUGUUCAUCCCCAAUGUCCACUUCUCGAACCCACAGAGGUGUGGCACGGUGCUUCCUCCUGCUGUUCCCAACGCUGCAAACAGGCUGCCCAUGAAGCGAAAUGGUGCCUCGUUCACAGAGGAGUUUGACCCGAUCCCUCCAAAGCAAACCAAGGAAGAAGAUCCUCAGAGAGUCCUGUUGUACGUGCGGAGGGAGUCAGAGGAAGUGUUUGAUGCUCUCAUGUUGAAGACACCAGAUCUCCAGGGCCUCAGAACAGCUAUCUCAGAAAAAUACGGGCUCCCUGAAGAAAGCAUUUACAAAGUCUACAAAAAAUGCAAAAGAGGGAUCCUGGUGAACAUGGACAACAACAUCAUCCAGCACUACAGCAACCACAUGGCCUUCCUCCUGGACGUGCUGGAAGCAGAGGACAAGUUCCAGAUCAUCCUCAAGGAGCUAUAA